AUGGAUUAUAUUGGCGGAAAGUGGAAAAUGGUGAUUUUGUACCAUCUAAAGAGUGGUUCAAGACGUUAUAACGAGCUUCGGAAAACAAUGCCUACCGUCACAGAACGUACGCUUAGCCUACAGCUGAAGCAGCUCGAGGAAGACGGAAUUGUAAAACGCGAAGUCUUUGUGACCAAACCGCCUUUGAAAGUCGAAUAUUCACUUACGGAUCUUGGAAAAACGCUGAUUCCGUUACUCGAUAUGAUUGCCGAUUGGGGAAGGGGAGUUGCGGUUGAAAAGAAAGCGGUCAUCGUUAAAAACGGAAUCGUGUAA